AUGAGCGACAAAGACAACAGGACAACCGCCGAGGUUCAUGAUGUUCACAACAACCCUGGAGAGUGGAGCCUUGCAAGCGUUCUACCCGAUACCGGCACGCCCUGGUAUAAGCAGCGGCAUCUUCUGCUUCUCAAUCUCGGGAUGAUUAUUCCCUACCUAUCCUCGACUACCAACGGCUAUGAUGGAUCUAUGCUCAAUGGCCUUCAGUCAAUGAGUCAGUGGCAGCACUUCUUCGGCUCGCCGACCGGAACCCGUUUGGGCUCACUUUCCAACGGUGUCAUCUUUGGUCAGAUUCUCGCUUUUCCCAUUGCUCCUUGGCUAUGUGAUCACACAGGUCGCCGCUUCCCGAUUUUCAUCGGAUCGGCUCUCCUGGUCGUUGGUGCUGUUCUUCAGUGUGCCGCCCAGAACUAUGCCAUGUUCUUGGCCUCCCGCAUGGUUAUCGGCUUCGGAGGCCUGAUUGCAGUUGAAGCAUCCCCGAUGUUGGUCAGCGAACUGGCAUAUCCGCCCCACCGGUCUGUUCUAGUUGGUUAUUAUAACAACUUGUGGUAUCUCGGGGCCUUGCUUGCUGCAUGGGUCACAUAUGGAACCUAUUUCAUGGGACCCGAUGCUUCUUGGGCCUGGCGCAUUCCCUCGCUGCUGCAAGGACUUUUUCCCUUGGUGCAAGUGAUUUUCGUCUAUAUGCUUCCAGAAUCGCCCCGGUAUCUUGUGCAGAAAGACCGAUAUGAUGAAGCCCGAAAGGUACUCACCAAGUACCACGCCGGCGGAGAUGAGAACUCUUCGCUUGUCGACUUUGAGAUGAAGGAAAUCAUCUUGCAGAUCCAGACCGCCAAAAGUGUGUCGUCAACCGGAUAUCGCGAGUUCCUUGGCACUCGAGGUAACAUGCACCGCCUGUUUAUCAUCAUCGCAGUACCGUGCAUGAUGCAGCUUUCCGGUAAUGGCCUCAUCGCCUACUACCUUCAUCUCAUUUUGAACUCGAUCGGCUUCACCUCGGACCCACAGCAACUCCGUAUUAAUGGUGGCCUGACAGUUUUCAACUUGGGAGUUUCCAUCAUCCUAGCUUCAUUCAUGGAAAUUGUUGGUCGGCGACGCCUGUUCCUAUUCUCGACAAUAGGCAUGUUAUGCUGUUAUGUGAUCUGGACAAUCCUCUCUGCCAUAAACGAACAGAGGGGCUUCCACGAUACCUCUCUUGGUACCGGAGUCAUCGUUAUGAUUUUCAUGUACCAGCUCUUCUACAACGCUGGUCUCAAUGGGCCACCAUGGGUCUAUGUUACCGAAGUCCUUCCCACCCACCUCCGUGCCAAGGGCACAAACAUCAUGCAGAUCGCAUCGACGUGUGUUAUUCUGUUCAAUGGAUAUGCCAACCCGGUGGCGAUGGAUGCAAUCAGCUGGAAAUACUACAUCGUUUACUGCUGUGUGAUUGCUGUUGAAAUUGCUCUUGUCUACUUUGGAUUCCCCGAAACCAAGGGGCACAGUUUGGAAGAAGUUGCGUUGAUCUUUGAUGGAGAAGAAGCAUUCGGUGAGGUCUCUGAAAAACGGACCCCAGCUGAAGUUUAG